GCUAUUUUCUGUUAAAGGAUGAUUCUUCAAAGGAAAAACCUAUAUUGCCAUCGUCAUAUUCAUUCCAUGCAUGCCAUCAUGUUACCAUUUUCCACUGAAUAAUAUCACAUCAUCAAGUUGUAGUUUGUAUGAACAAGCAGACUAGAAAAACUAUGUAGGUAAUAAGGGUUGAUGCAAUACUGGAUUGGAUACCCAACCCUGUCCAGGUUAUUUUCUUGUUGUUUUUAACCAGUUACCUGAUUAUACACCUGGAUUUUGGGAGUUAUGUACAUAUUGUGACUAGUGGGAUAGAAGUUUACAUGCAUUAUAUUCACAAGAAUUCUCAGUAUUAAUGCAACAACGGGGCUGUAUCAUGGCUCGACUUGUAGAAGUGGGGUGAUCGAUACUUAAUUUCAUUUACAAAUAUGGGGUCCACCAAUUGAGCAUGAUGAUAAGAAGUUCUUCGAGUUAGUUGUUGAAUUUUGUUUGUUUGUACAAGAAUUCAUUGAACUCGAUCUACUGCUGCUGGAUAAAAGAAAGGUGGACACGAAGGUCAGAGUUUACGCGAAAAAUGUAUCUUUAGUGCUACACGCGUGGACUUACUAGCCAAACCCUGCAAAAAUGACGCGAAUUUUAUUUCGAUACCGAUUGAAGAAUAAGUACAGGUGACACACGGACAAGGGUGUAACUCACCAAACAUCAAACUUGUUGUAAUAACAAAAACAAAAAGAUGAGCUCUCAGAGAAACGGAUGCUGUUGGAGGUUUGCUGGGCGUAAACGAGGAUGCUGCUGCUCCUCCAGUGAUCACAAUUCUACCGGAAAUGGUGAAGAGGAUAACGAAAUUUCCUCCAGGAUCGUUCAGGAUAAAAAAGAAAAACCAUCUCCGGCAUUAAGCUUUGUGGCGAAAACAUUUAGUCGAAGACCAUUUCUUGUCCUGUUUAUCACGCUGAGCGUAUCCACAAUCGUUUCAAAGUUUGGCAUCAGUGAGUAUGGCUUUCCUGAUUUUGAAGACCCCUACUUGGGAUUCGAGACGAGAUUCACUCCAAUCGCAAAACGUCUCAUCACACUGGAAAACUUGCGAAAAGAUGUUAAUAAACUUGAGUCACUUGAGAACUACCCUGGAGAAAAACUGACAGGAAGAGAAUUUAGAAGAAAAAGGAAGAAACGAGAUGUGUACGAUGACGGAUACGAUGAGAUUGUGGAAAAUCAAUCUUCAGAUGAUGACAUUGACCCAUUAAUAAGUGCUGGAUACUGUACCAAAGCUCCUCUUGACGAAUAUUCCCGAGUUGCACUGGAAAUCGCAAUGCCCAAGGAUGUGUUCUCUCAUGAAAUUGUGAUCUCUAUCUGCUACUUUCAAAAGCUCACCGAAGUACUUCCUGAAUACGGCAAGGUUUGUGAACAUGAUGACAACGAAAACUGCUGUCCCAUGUGGUCUCUUCCGAACUAUAUUGCAGAGUACACUAAUAAUACUGACUGCAGUACUAUCAAGGAGUACGACAUUCAGCUAUUCAAGGAAGGCAUGCAUUUUUGCAGAGAUCUGUACCGUGAUCCAGCAAUGUUUGAAGCAUGCACUCUCAAACACGAACUCUGUCGCCACAAGUGCCAUCGCGACGAAGCCAUUUAUUCCGCCAUGUUCUUAACAGUUGACAAAGGUUAUUCUGCAGACGAGGAUAUUAUGUUCUCCAUAAUCAUACUGCCAACUCCGAAAAGUCGUGGAUCUCGGUCAAGAACAGCCGCCCUGCAAACUGCAUUAAUUAAUAUCAAGUUGCCAGAAGUGUCAGUUUCUUUGGCAGGUUUUGAUUUUGGUGACAAAGACUUGGUUUUCAAGCGAUAUUUGAUCUCGGAUCUUCAAUACGUAGUAGCUGGAUCUGCCAUAAUUUUCUUGAUUUUGGUCGGCUACACAAAAUCUAUUAGUGUUUCAUUAAUUUCCUUUCUCGUUUUAGUUUUAUCAUUAGGAAUUUCUUAUUUUCUGUAUACUGCUAUAUUUCGUAUUCCUUAUUUUCCCUUCAUGAACAUGUUGGUCAGCAUAAUUGUAAUGGGAAUUGGGACGGACGGAACGCUUAUUUUAGGCGCAGAGUGGCAAAGAUUGAAAUCCAAGUACAAAGAUCCCGACCAAAAAGCUUGGGACAAGAUGAUGCUUCUUUUACUUCAAGAAACCACUGCCCCAUUAGUGGUCACCACAUGUACAACGGCUGGAGCAUUCUUUGCGUCGCUGACGAGUUCCAUCACUACAAUUCGAUGUUUUAGUAUAUUUGCGGGGACCUCAAUCAUUGUCGGAUUUAUUCUGCUGUAUUUCUGUGUGCCAACAACGUUACUCUUAAGUGACAUGUGCAUCUCAUACCUCACGUCACUGUUUAGUGAUUCUGAUUUAUCAACGAGCUCCCAACAACCUUCCACCCAGAAUGGAAAGAAGAUCUCUUCAAAAGUGAUAAAGUUUGUGGUCUCAAUUAAAUCCUUCAGUGUAAUUAAAUGUCCAGACAAAGUAAAAAACGCGUUCCAAAAACAGAGCACAGUUUUGUGGACAGCAUCGUUCCUAAGUCUACUCAGUAUUUUAAUGUGGGCGUGCUUAGUUUUGUUUCAUGAACCAGGUUUUCAACUCCCAAACUCUGAACAGUUCCAACUUCUCUCGACGAGGCAUCCUAUUGAACGUUUUGAUCGUGAAAUUGAACCCAGAUUUCCGGGAUUUCUCUCAUCUUCUUCCGAUGCAGAGCUCUCUGAAGAGCAAUUAACUAUUUACUUUAUUUGGGGGGUUCUCCCCGAAGACAAUGGAUACGGGUUGGACCCACAUGACAAUGGUGCACUUCAAUUUGAUAAAGACUUUUCUCUUGAGCAACCCAAAAGUCAAAAAUGGAUGAGAAAAUUGUGCUCCAAACUCAAGAAACAAAGUUUCUAUAACCAAGUUUCCAACACGGUCGUGGGUGCUCAUUAUGAUUCUUGCUUCAUGGACACGAUGCAAAAGUGGAUGAAGAGGGAUUGUCAACAUGUAUUUAUAAAAAACGAGACUUACAAACCAUGUUGCAAAUCGUCGAAAUUUCCAUACGACGCUGAAGUCUUUACUAAAUGUGUCGAAGUGGCGGCCCGUGAUCUUUACAGAACUCCUACAGCUUACUUCCAACCAGACAUUGCUGGUCCAAAGUUUUUUAUUUUAAGAGAAAAUUCGAACAAUUCACACGAAUCUGCUGAAAAUUCCGGUCAUUUGGCUACAUUUACUCUACGAGUCCGCACCAACAUUACCUUCUCGCUGAGUUAUGAGAAAAUGUACGAGUUUUACCAAACGUUAGAAACUUUCUAUCAAACAGAAGUACAAGACAAAGUACCCAGCGGACUAGACCACGGAUUCUUCAUUUCGGCGCAUUUAGACUUUUUUGAUUUGCAAAAUAGUUUACUAAAUGACACGUGGAUGAGUGUGCUGAUAUCUGCAGGAUUGUGCUUCGGAUUUUUAUGGAUUUUUAGCAGAAGUUUCCUCGUAUCAGUAGGAGCUGUUCUUUGCAUUGUUACAAUUGUGAUUGUGUCCUCGGCUGUGCUGAUUUCGGUCUUCAACUGGAAAUUGGGAGUGUUCGAGUCCAUCGCUGUUACAGUAGCUGUUGGCUUAUCAGAUUUCACUGCUCACCACUCGCUCGAGUUCUCCAAAAGAAAGUCUGUCCUGAAAAUGACAUCGCCCACAUUUUUCUCAGCCAUGACCACGAUUACCAUCGGUCUCUCAAUGCUACUGUUCUCUAAUGUUUUGGUGUACCAACAAAUCGGAGCUUUCUUCACCGUUCUUAUAUUUAUCAGUUGGCUGUAUUCGGUCUUUUUCCUAAGUCCAAUUUUGGAUCUCUUUGAAAAGAUGAAGGAUCUGUGUAUCUCAAUUUGCCGUCUGUAUUUUGCUGAUGGGUAUGGUGGGAGUGGAAGACAGUUUAAUGGGAAUUACCACAGUCACCGUCGUCGGAGUAACAGUAGAACCAGUGAUCAUCAUGGUCGAGGAGUCGCGGAUAGUGCUAGCAGUGGGAUGGAUAAUGUAAGCGCUGUCGUAUUUUCUAAUCCGAUGGCCAGCAAUGACUCACGAAGAAAUAGCAACGAGGAGUUGGAAGAAGGGGAAGAAGAAUCAAUUCGAAUUCCACAGAAUCUCUUUUCCGUUUCCAGAUGCAACCUAAAUAGUCCAAAUUCUGCUGAAUAUCCUGCUGAAGAACCAAGUGCAAUAAUUGAAAAGGUUAAAUUGCUUAAAAAAGUCGCAGCUGAAACUAGUGUUUGAUUGACUCACACUAAAAAUCAGCGUUUUAAAAAUAGCCUUUUAAUUCAUAACAUUUUACAGAGUUUUUAUUUUUUAUGUGUGUAUAUACGCAUUUUAACCUUUUUAAAGUUCAGACAGUAGAAAUAGAAAUGUACACUUAGCUGUUUAAUUUUUUAUAAUCUCAAAUUAUUUAACUUUAACUUGCGACUUUUUUAAACAGAAUUGUUUUGUAUUACUUCAAAAAUCUCAUAUCCAGCAUUGAACUCCUUAUUGUGUUCUUGAGGGCGUGGUUCAAUAGAAAGGUUAAGGUUCUGCGAAAACCAAAGAACCUUUUGAACCACGCCCUUGAGGAAAACAAUAAAUACUUUAUUAUACUAUGUAUAAUAAUGUAGGUAAGUUGUUUUAAUUCUGGACAUGGGAUACAAGUAGGACUGCAGAACCGUGGGGACGACGCAAUGUCCUCACAUUCCCAAUUCUUGAAGUGCUAUAUGAAGUGUCACUCCACCAAUUCCUUAUAAUUUACAAUAUUACUUACUAUCCCCACACUGUCCCCACGAUUCCACAGCCCUACACAGUUUUCAACUAGAAAUUUAUUACCUUCUUAAUUCAACACACAGCAAACAGAUUCAUUUAUAUAGUCAUUAAACAUAUUUAUAUCUAUGUCAAUGGAAUAAUGUAAAUGGAGUAAAUUUGAUGCGAUUUUUACCAAUGA